AUGACACGCAUCCACGAUGCUGCAUUAGCGGCGUCAGCCGAGGUGCUGCGUUUUGUGACACGUGUGCCCCGGAACGAGGAGUUCGUGUACUACUACUGGGAACAUUGCCAGCUGACCCACAUCAUACGGCAACGCGUCGUCGGAGUCCGCUUCUACGGCAACACGCCGCCGCACACCGUCGACGACGUCACCACCGCCGUCCUGGAGCGCCCGGAGUACAUACCGCCGCUGCUCUGGAUGAUAUACGAGGACCCAUACGCGCUAGCUCUAUCACCGGAAAGGCUCAGCAAGGACCUAGGAAGGCUCGCAGAGCUAGUCACCGAAACCGACGCCUUCGUCACAUACCUCGAGCACAGGGUGACGUGCUUACUGAACAAUCAGGUCAAUCUUCUACGGUCAAUUGCAUCUAAUAAUAUUGUAUUACUCGGUUCUUAA